CGAAAGCCCGAGACCGGUUCAUUCUUACCGUGAGAUAUUUGUGCGAAGAAAAUUCAAAAUUUACAAAGAUCUUUUAGGGUUUGAGAAUUCAAAAGGCAGAGUGAAAUGGCGUUGCCAAAGGCCAAGGAGAUCGUUUCGUCCAAUCCGGUCGUCGUUUUCAGCAAGACGUACUGUCCGUUCUGCGUGAACGUGAAGCAGCUCUUGAAUCAAUUGGGAGCGAAUUUCAAGGCUAUUGAGUUGGACACUGAAAGUGAUGGAAAAGAGAUACAGUCAGCACUCGCUGAGUGGACCGGAAUUAAGACUGUGCCCAAUGUAUUCAUUGGCGGUAACCACAUCGGUGGCUGUGAUGCUACUACUGCUCUGCACAAGGAAGGAAAGCUGGUUCCUCUGCUGACACAAGCUGGAGCUGUUGCCAAGGUUUCGGCUUGAAGAAAUGUAGCCAUCUUUUUCAUGAAUAAAGUUUAAUAAAUGGUAGCUUUAUGGUGUUUUUGUCUUUUGUAUCAAACUUUUUCAAAAUCCUAAAUAAAAUUGGACUUGAAGGUUGUUUGUGUA